GAUCGAGCCAUAAUAGGACAUACCUGCUGCACACACGCACGCGCGCGCGCACACACACCACACGCACGCGCGCGCGCACACACGCACGUCAGAGGGCCGUGUGUUCUGCCGCUGCUCUCCGGGUUCCCGGUCGGUGGAUCGUCUCGUUCUCCGUGCGGCCAUGCUGGGAGCCCUGAGACUGGGACUGUCGCUGGUCCUGAUCCGCUCAGGGCCCAGUCCUCUGCGGUGUGCCGCUCUGAUAGCCCAGGCCUCGGUUGAGGGGUGUGGCGUCCAGCAGCCAUGUCGGGCUUCAAUCUGCUGCACCUAAUAACCAAGGAGUCAGCCCGUGGUCCCUGCGGCCGUGCGGUCUUCCCUCAGGAGCCUCCAGGACAAAGAAAACAUGGCCGUGAGUUUUGCUCCAGAGGAGCUGAGGAGCGUCCUCACCCCGAUGCAGUUCCACGUCACCCAGGAGCGCGGGAACCGAGAGCGCCUUCACUGGAGAGUUCUCCUUCCAUAAAGAACGACGGAACCUACACCUGUGUGGUCUGUGGAGCCCCCCUCUUCAGCUCAAGCUCUAAGUUUGACUCGGGCUCAGGUUGGCCGUCUUUCUCUGACCUUGUGAAGGAGGACUCCGUCUCUCUGUCGGAUGACUUCUCUUAUGGCAUGCACCGGGUGGAGACCACCUGCAGCCAGUGUGGAGCUCAUCUGGGACAUCUGUUUGACGACGGACCAAACCCACAGGGAAACGCUACUGCAUCAACUCGGCCUCGCUGGCAUUCAGCCCACGGACGCGCCGGCCUCAUCCUCGACCUCGGCCUCGUCCGGCGGCGCCGUGGACACUGAAGGAGCUUCCAGCAGCGAUAGGAA